CUGUUUUAAAAAAAAUAAUAAAAAAAAAAUAAAAAAAAUACCUCAAAAAAAAAAUGGCAAAGUCAACUUUUCCUAUCGAAUGUAUAAAUGAAAUUUUCAAACAUUUUGAAAAUGAUACAACAUCUUUACAUUCAUGUUUAUUAGUAAAUAGAUUAUGGUGUAGAACAAUUAUACCUAUACUUUGGCGUAAACCAUUUUCUUUAAUGCAACGUUCGAUUAAAUUUUCUCUUAGUUUAAUAGAAAUAUAUCUUUUAUUUCUUAAUGAAGAAGAAAAACAACUUCGUAAAUAUCAUCCUGAACUUUAUCCAAUUUUUAAAAAAGUUUUAUUUAAUUAUCCAAGUUUUUUAAAAGAAUUUUAUUAUGAAACAAUGUUUUCAAGUAUAAAACUUUGGGUUAAAACAACUAUAACAAUAACAUCAUCACAAUUUGAUAAUCAAUAUAAUUCUAAUUAUAUCAACAAAAUAUCUCAUAGAUUAUCUCAAAGUUUAUUUAAAAUGUUUUUGAGAAAUAAUGCUAAAGUUUAUCUUUUAAAUAUUAAAUCAUUUGAAAAUAAUCCUGAUUUUCCUUAUUUACCUAAAGAUUCAUUUUCUACUUCAUUUUCAAAUCUUAAAAUUUUUCAAUUUAGUGUUGAUUCACAACCUUUAUAUAAUUUACCAAAUACUUAUUCUUUUUUAAAAUCUUUAUCCCAAUCUUGUAAUACUUUAUCUCAUAUAUUUAUUGAUUCUUAUUUUAAUAAUAAUGAUGAUGGUAAAGAAGAAAUAUUUUUUAAUAUAAUUAAAUCUCAAAGAAAUAUUAAAAAAUUUAUAAUUAAUUCUCAUGGUAAUAUACCAAAAUCAAUUUUAAAUUUAUUAAUUAAUCAAUCUUCUCUUGUUUUAUUACAUUUUAUAGAUACUAAAUUUAAUAAUUUAUUUCCUUUUGAAAUUUUAUUAAAUUGUAAUAAUUUAAAAUUUCUUUUAAUUGUAAAUUGUCAUGAACUUGAACAUAAUAACAAUACUAUUAAUAACAAUAAUAGUAAUAAUAGUAAUAAUACAUCACUAUCAUCACAUACUAUUCCUUCAUCUCAUACUAUUACUUCCUUAUCAUCAUCAUCUUCAUCAUCAUCAUCACCCUCUCCAAAGAAUAUAAAAUGUAAAAUAGAUACACUUCAUUUAAAAAAUAAUCAUUUUCUUCCUUUAACAAUAUCAAAUUUAAUUCAAUUAUCAGGAAUUAAUUUAACUACUUUAUGUUUGGAUAGAACUACUUCUUAUAUUAUAUUAUCAAAACCUCUUUCAAUUCAUUGUCCUAAUAUUACUCAUUUAAUAUUAACUCUUGAUUCUAUAAGUUUCUUUCAAUCUGUUCAAUCAAUAAUUUCUAAUUUAAAUCUUAAAUAUUUUGGUAUAAGAAGUUUUGGUUGGACAAAUGAAUUGAUUUCUGAUUUAGGAAAUUAUUUACCUAUUUCAUUAAAAUAUUUAGAAUUAUCAUGUUUUUUUGAUUAUGAGGCUUUAUAUAUGUUAUUGAAAAAUUGUAAAUGUAAAUUAAGAGGGUUAAUUAUGAUAAUGUUUAAUGAUGAUUAUUUAAAAUUCAUUAUUGAUUAUGCAAAAAUUAAUGAUGAAUUCAAUUUAUUGGGUAUAGAUGGUUAUCUUGCUGAAGAUGAUGAAUCUUCUUUUUUAAAAAUAUUAAAAGAAGAAACAAAUGUAAAGAUUGUUGAUCAAGAUGAAAUCAAAUUUGAAUCUUCCCCUUUGUAUUUUGAUUAUCUAUAUAAAAGAUAAUAAGAUAAUAAAGUUAUUAUUAUAUGAAACUUAUAACUAAAGAUCCUCGAUAAUUAUUUCUUCAUGUUUAUGUAAAUCUUUAGUGUCCAUAUGACUUCGGUAAUUUAUAUCGGGGUAAUUUACGUUUACGUGACUUGGCCGAAAUUAUGGCAUUAACAUAUAAAGAGUGGCGUAUUAUGUGACAAAUAAAUCGGUGACAGAUAGGAUUUCACGCAGCGGAAAGGUGUGACGAGAGGUGAAAAACUGACAAUUAUUUAUAAAAUGAUCACGUGAACGUGAAAUUUUGUUGGCGACGUUGGGGAAGAUAAUUUACGGUCAUCUACGUAUUAUGUAAGGUAUUAUUCAGGUAC